UAUAACUCCAAUCACAAUAUACACAAAACUUAUUAUUAAAAAUUCCAAUCUUUAGGAUUAAUUCGAGAUUCUAUACUCGGUAGUGGUCAUCGUUGUCAGUCGAAUUAAAAAUAGUAUAGUUUUCUCUAAAUUGUUCUACUAAAACUAAAUAAAUAAAGUUUAUCUUUACGUAUCAUUAGUAGUAGUUAUCGUAUGGACCAAAAGAGAAGAAUGCUUGUUACCUACUCUCUCUCUCUCUAAAGGACAGAGAAACAUAAAGUCUCUGCUUAAGGUUUCUUUAGUUCUGUUCUUGUUUAUUUGGAAAAAUGCAUAAGCACAAAUGCAAGCUCUGUUCCAAGAGUUUCUGUAAUGGCAGAGCACUUGGAGGUCACAUGAAGUCCCACUUGGUCUCAUCACACACGCUGACUCGGAAGAAACUCAGCGACUCGGUCUAUUCGUCUUCGUCUUCUUCAGAAGGUAAAACUCUGGUCUACGGGUUGCGAGAGAACCCGAGGAAAAGUUUCCGGGUCUUCAGUCAAGAUCCUGAGUCAUCCAUCGUUUACAACAGCGACACCGAGACCGAACCUGAAUCCGUAGACCCGGUUCGGAAACGGAGCAGGACAGCGGUUUCCAAGAACAAGAAGAAGAAGAAAAGGAGUAAGAAGAUGACGAGAUAUAUUAGCUCGCCCGAACCGGCGAGUUCUGUCUCCGAUGGUUCUCAGGAACAUGACUUAGCCAUGUGUUUGAUGAUGCUCUCGAGAGAUUCAAGAAAGAUUGAACUUGUCAAGAAACCAGUUCUUGAAGCGGAAGAAACGAAGCCGGAAAAGAGACAAUUCCCGGAGCUCCGCCGCUGCGUGAUAGAUCUGAAUCUUCCUCCGCCGCAAGAAAACGAUGUUGUCACCGUAGUUUCGGCCAUAUAAAACAGCUGAGGUUUCCAAAGAUUAUUGGAUACAGUAAAAAGAUCAAAGCAUCAUGCUGAUUUGUGGUUUCUUCAGGAUCAUUGUUCUUAAAACUAUAAAACCAUUUAUUGGUUUGGAAUCUUCGGAUAUCUCUAUCAAACAAUGUAAGACAAGAGAUAAAACAAGCAACAAGUACUACUUCAAGAUUUGUUCUUCAGUUUUCAGGGUCAUCGAUGAUGAUAAUAAUAUAUUGUUUGAUCUUUGUUAUGUCUUUAUGAUAUUUAGAAUUCUUGAGUUGAUUCUUUUGCAUGAUCUUUGGAUCUUGGACAUUUGAUUUACUAACGUGUUUUAAAAAAAACUUUAAUUUCAACUGUUUUUUUUUUGUUUACACAAGUGU